AUGGCAGUUCCAAUCGCCGACUUUGAGGACGAGAGCGGAUUCCACACGCCUGAGAAUAUCUCGGUGGACGCGGAUGAUGCGUGGGGGGAGGAAGCACAAAGGCUACUUCGCCAGCACCGUCUUUCAUGCGACCUGGAGGCCGUUCGCAGAGACCAAAAGCCUCAGCGCCGCUUCAAGCGGCCCUUUGAAACCUUGGAAACGGCCUUUCAAGUCACGUGCCAAGUCAUGGUGGCUCUACUCUCCCCGCGGGUCCAUCCAUGGAUGCGCCGGUUGUCGGCUUGUCUCCGGAUGCAAAGGACAUACCCUGAGGUGCUGCCCUCGCCUUCACUCUCCGUCUUUGUGUCGGGUUUCCAUGUGACUCGACAAACCGGCCGUUUCCCUUGGCGAGUUUCGAAAUCAUGGGUUUCUUUGGGACUUGUCGAGGAAAAUCAUAGGCGUAACAUGGCGUAA